UGGCCUCGAGAACCCCAGCAUGAAUGUCGGGAGUGUGUACAGGACAGAACAGACAGGUUUGCCUGACCUGGUUCCUGAUCCCAACUAUGUCCAGGCUUCCACAUAUAUCCAGAAAGCCCACAUGUACUCUCUCCGCUGUGCUGCUGAAGAAAAAUGUCUUUCAAGCUCUGCAUAUGGCCCUGAGACCACAGACUACGAUGUAAGGGUCCUGCUUCGAUUCCCUCAGAGGGUGAAGAAUAAGGGGACUGCCGACUUCAUGCCCAACAGGCCACAUCAUACCUGGGAGUGGCAUAGUUGUCACCAGCACUACCACAGUAUGGAUGAGUUCAGCCACUAUGAUUUACUGGAAGUCAGUACUGGCCGUAAAGUGGCAGAGGGACACAAGGCUAGCUUCUGUCUGGAGGACACCACCUGUGACUUUGGCCACCUGAAGCGCUAUGCCUGUACCACUCAAACUCAGGGUUUGAGCCCAGGCUGCUACGAUACAUACAAUGCUGAUAUUGACUGCCAAUGGAUUGACAUAACGGACAUUCAGCCUGGAAAAUACAUACUAAAGGUAACAGUUAAUCCCAAAUUCUUGGUGCUGGAAUCAGAUUUCACCAACAACGUGGUCAGGUGUAACAUACACUACACAGGACGAUUUGUUACAACAAACAACUGUAGGAUAACACAGUCUUGAUCGGGCACUGGAAGGCUGCCAUGGGUGACCCUGAUUGCUAUUCCAUUGAAAUGUGAAUGGAAUCCAUUUGUUGUUGGUCCAUUGUUGUUUGUCUCAACUAUUUUGUGC